AUGCCCGUCUCCGCUUCCAAAGCCGCCCGCCUGGCCAAGAAGGCCGAGAAGGCUGCUGAAAAGGGUGACAAACCCGAAAAAAAGACCGUCGCCUCCAGGUUGUCCUCCAAGGCGAAUUCCAAGAAUCCUUCAACAAACGGCUCGAAAGCCUCGUCAGUUGCCGGUGAUGACGAUCCCCCUAUGCUCGACGAGGAUGAGGAAGAUGCACCCGCCACAAGCGCCGACAAGAUGGACAAGGUCAAGAAACUGACUGAACAAAUGGACAAACACGGUCUCUCCGACCGGGUCACGACUGGUGUGCUAGCCUCCCAGGAAGCCAGCCGGGACGUCAAGAUCACUUCCGCCUCUCUAGUGUUCCACGGUAAAGUGCUUAUCACGGAUUCCACCAUCGAAGUCAAUUUUGGCCGCCGAUACGGUCUGCUCGGAGAGAACGGCUGUGGCAAGUCAACCCUGCUAAAGGCUAUCGAUAAGCGAGAAUUUCCUUUUCCGGAACAUGUUGACAUCUACCUGCUGAAUGAAGGCGCCCCUCCCACUGACCUUGGGGCUCUCGAGUGGGUGAUUAAAGAGGCGGAGAAGGAAGUCAAACGACUUGACGACCUUGCCGAGGAGAUCCUGGAAAAGGAAGGCCCAGAGAGUUCCACACUGCUCGAAAUCUAUGAGCGUGCAGAGGCAAUGGACCCUAGCACGUUCGAAGUUCGAGCCUCGCUUAUCCUGACCGGUUUGGGUUUCAACAAGAAGACCAUUCACAAAAAGACCAAAGAUAUGUCCGGUGGUUGGAGAAUGCGAGUGGCGCUGGCCAGAGCUCUCUUCGUCAAGCCAUCCCUCCUCCUUCUGGACGACCCGACGGCUCAUCUUGACCUCGAGGCGUGUGUGUGGUUGGAGGAAUACCUCAAGAAGUGGGAUAAGACCUUGAUCCUGGUUUCACACUCGAUGGAUUUCCUGAACGGCGUCUGCACAAACAUGAUUGAUAUGCGGCAAAAGAAGUUACUUUAUUAUGGUGGCAACUACGAUUCCUACAUCAAGACCCGGACGGAACAAGAGACCAAUCAACAAAAGGCAUACCUCAAGCAACAAGAAGAAAUUGCACACAUCAAAAAAUUCAUUGCCUCUGCCGGUACAUAUGCUAAUUUGGUCCGACAAGCCAAAUCAAGGCAGAAGAUCUUGGACAAAAUGGAAGCAGACGGAUUCAUCCAACCAGUCGUUCAAGAUCGAGUGUUCACAUUCAGAUUUGCUGAUGUUGAAAAACUGCCUCCUCCGGUUCUCUCUUUUGACGAUGUCACAUUCAGCUAUUCCGGGAAGGCUGAAGACAAUCUGUACGAGCACCUCGAUCUUGGAGUGGACAUGGACAGCAGAAUGGCCCUUGUGGGACCCAACGGUGUGGGUAAAUCGACGUUGCUGCGUAUCAUGACUGGCAAACUCUCCCCGACUGGCGGCUCGGUCAGCAGACACACCCACCUGAAGCUGGGACUUUAUUCACAGCACUCGGCGGAUCAGCUCGACUUGACCAAAUCAGCACUCGACUUCGUGCGAGACAAGUACUCCUCCACAUCCCAAGACUACCAAUACUGGCGCCAACAGCUCGGCCGCUAUGGUCUUUCCGGUGACGCUCAGACUGCUUUGAUGGGCACACUUUCCGAGGGCCAGAGAUCUCGAGUGGUUUUUGCUCUCUUGGCCAUUGAGGGCCCCAACAUGCUCCUGCUUGACGAACCUACCAACGGUCUCGAUAUUCCAACGAUUGAUUCUUUGGCUGACGCUAUCAAUGCCUUUUCCGGCGGUGUCGUAGUUGUCUCUCACGAUUUCAGGUUGCUUGACAAAAUCGCCAAAGACAUCAUGGUGUGCGAAAACAAGACUGUCCGACGAUGGGACGGGUCGAUUGGCGAAUACAAAAAUUACCUUCGCAAAAAGAUGGUGUCGAUGGGACAAGUUUGA